CUUUGCAGGCAGCGGCGGCCGGGGGCGGAGCGGGAUCGAGCCCUCGCCGGGGCCAGCCGCCAUGGGCCCGCGCCGCCGCCGCCGCCUGCCACCCAGGCCGCGCGGGCCGUGAGCACUAUGGCCGUGGCUGGGGCCCCCGCUGGAGGCCCAUGCGCGCCGGCGCUGGAGGCCCUGCUCGGGGCCGGCGCGUUGCGGCUGCUCGACUCCUCGCAGAUCGUCAUCAUUUCCACGGCGCAGGACGCCAGCGCCCCGCCGGCUCCAGCCGGCCCCACGGCGCCCGCCGCCGGCCCCCGCGACCCCGACCUGCUGCUCUUCGCCACGCCGCAGGCGCCCCGGCCCACACCCAGCGCGCCGCGUCCGGCUCUCGGCCGCCCGCCGGUGAAGCGGAGACUAGAUCUGGAAACUGACCAUCAGUACCUGGCUGAGAGCAGUGGACCUGUUCGGGGCAGAGGCCGCCACCCAGGAAAAGGUGCAAAAUCCCCGGGGGAGAAGUCACGCUAUGAGACAUCCCUGAAUCUGACCACCAAACGUUUCCUGGAGCUGUUGAGCCGCUCAGCUGAUGGUGUUGUUGACCUGAACUGGGCAGCUGAGGUGCUGAAGGUGCAGAAACGGCGCAUCUACGACAUCACCAAUGUCCUGGAGGGCAUCCAGCUCAUUGCCAAGAAGUCCAAGAACCACAUCCAGUGGCUAGGCAGCCACGCCACAGUGGGGAUCGGUGGGCGGCUUGAAGGGCUGACCCAGGACCUCCAGAAACUGCAGGAGAGCGAGCAGCAGCUGGACCACCUGAUGCACAUCUGCACCACACAGCUGCGGCUGCUCUCCGAGGACUCUGACAGCCAGCGCCUGGCCUAUGUGACGUGCCAGGACCUUCGUAGCAUUGCAGACCCUGCAGAGCAGAUGGUCAUGGUGAUCAAGGCCCCUCCUGAGACCCAAUUGCAAGCCGUGGACUCUUCAGAGACCUUUCAGAUCUCCCUUAAGAGCAAACAAGGUCCCAUCGAUGUUUUCCUGUGCCCUGAGGAGAGUGUGGGCGGGAUCAGCCCUGGGAAGACCCCAUCCCAGGAGGCAGCUUCUGGGGAGGAAGACAGGACAGCUGACCCUGUCACCACAGUGCCACCACCAUCGUCUCUGCCCUCAUCCCCCACAACGGAUCCCAGCCAGUCCCUGCUCAGCCUGGAGCAAGAGCCACUGCUGUCAAGGAUGGGUGGCCUACGGGCCCCCAUGGAUGAGGACCGCCUGUCCCCGCUGGUGGCUGCUGACUCACUCCUGGAGCAUGUGCGGGAGGACUUCUCCGGGCUCCUCCCUGAGGAGUUCAUCAGCCUCUCCCCACCCCACGAGGCUCUCGACUAUCACUUUGGCCUCGAGGAGGGUGAGGGCAUCAGAGACCUCUUCGACUGUGACUUUGGGGAUCUGACCCCCCUGGAUUUCUGACAGGUCCUAGGGGGCCAGGGUCUCCUGAGAUGCCUGCCCUAUCUCUGCAGCCCUGGAGCCCCCUGCCCCAGGCCAUAUCCUUCCAGCCCUAUUGGAAAAGUGUAAUUUAUACCCUCUCUCCUAUCUCAGCAGCUUCUAGCUCUGGGGUCUGGCUGCCACCAGGAGGUGGAGCGAGCCAGGAAGGGAAGGAUUCUAUGUUUGUGGUGUGUAUGUGCAUGCACCCAGCACCCAUGUGUGUAAGCGGGGUGAGUGCUGUGUGAGUAUGUGUGAGUGUGCAUGUACCGGGGAAUGAAGGUGAACACAUCUGUGCGUGCACUGCAGACACGCUCGUGUGUCCACGUGUGUGCAUGAGUCCAUGUGUGCAUGGGGGCUCUUACUGCACUUUUGGUCUCCUUGCUCCAGGGGCCCUUGAAGGCCCAGGGUUGGCCGCCUGCCCCUAGAAUCCUGUGUGCUGACCAGGCCAGGCAGGGAGGUCUUGGCUGGCUGGGUUUGCAGGACAGCAAGAGCACUUGUCUUAAAGGUUUUUCUGAUCGAAGCUUUAAUGGAGCGUUAUUUAUUUAUCUAGGCCUCUUUGGCAAGCCUGGGAAACAAGACUGGGAGGGAUGUGGGGUUGAUACCCCAAUUCCCUAUACCCCUGAGCAAGGGCAGGGGUCCCCAAGCGGUUCUUUUGCCUCGAAAGGAAGGAGCUGAGGCCUGAGCGGUUUAUUUAUUGGGGAAAGGAGGAAGGGAGGGAGACUGACUGACAGCUAUGGGUGGAUGGAGGGGUGGUCCCUUUCCAGGGGUCACUUCAGAGCCCCAGCUGCCCCCCAGGAUGGAUAUGAGAUGGGAGAGGUGAGUGGGGACCUUCGUUGACAGGGUGGGCAGGAGGGGUGGGUGAAGGGCUCCCCAGCCCAGACUGAGGGGCCCCUCCUGUGGUAUCUGAAGUGCCCCCCACUUAUUGCUCUGCCCCACCUUCCAAUCUGCACUUUGAUGUUUCCUAACAGCUGUUUCCUCCUGCUUUGGUUUUAAUAAACAUUUUG